AUGGGAACUCUACUGCCUACUUCAGUGGAAGUAUCUGAAACAGAUAAAGAAGAAGGACCAAGCUCUUCUAAGGAACUUGAUGCUGGAGCCUUGUUUGUGCUAAAAUCAAGAGGUUCGUGGCUGCACUGUGGAUACCAUUUGACAACAUCAAUUGUAGCUCCAGCUCUUCUGAGUCUUCCUUAUGCACUUUCCUUGAUGGGUUGGUUUCCUGGUGUUUUAUGCCUCACGUUGGCAGCUCUGGUUACAUUCUAUUCCUACAACCUUCUUUCGUUAGUUCUUGAGCACCACGCUCAGCUUGGGAAGCGUCAGCUUAGGUUCAGGGUCAUGGCUGAAGAUAUAUUAGGUAAGUAA